AUGAAUAACAAGGCGCGCAUCCCCGCCCCCACCCCAGCCCGGGCAAACACUCAGUCCCGGACACCGACUCCCGUCCGAGUAGCGACCCCGGUCAGGGCCUCGAACCGGGCGAACAACCCAACUCCGGUCCGAGCUUCCCCCCGGAUCCCGGCCGCGACUCCCGCCCACCACCCGACUCCAGUCCGAACCUCCACCCGGUUCCGGACUCCCGCCCACGUCCCGAACCCUGCUCCAAUCCGGUUCCCAGCCCCGGCCCCGACCCCAGCCCCAACCCCAGCCCCAGCCCCAACUCCAGCUCCAGCACCGGUCCGGGUAUUUCCCGCGAUCUCUCCCGCGGAGUUCACGGCGAGCUCCGCUUCAUCCAUGGCUCAGCCGCUUUCUUCCGGGCCUGCUGGCUGGCUCUCGAAGGAUCCCACGCUCACUCAAAGGCUGGAGCCCUCGAUCCACAGCCUAGCGGAGGCCAUCCAGGGGCCCCUUCCAGUGCACAGUCCCUCAGUAUCCAAGAUACUGGGCUCCACUCCAGGCCCUACGCCCCACUUAGAGCCCUUGGCUUCCACCGCCACGGCCUCCAGUACAUUGGGCCCCACUCCGGGCCCCAUCCCUGGGCUAGAGUUCUUGGCCAGCCCGCUGAAGGAAGCCCCUGCUAUGGAUCGGCUCCCCACAUUUUUCCAAUUACCCAGCUUCGUUUCCACCAAGGAAUUGCCCUCCACCAGUGAGAACCUCCCAACAGCCAACAGAAUCCCGAUCCGUGUGACAUACUGUGGCCUCUGAAGCUAUGGCCUUCGGUACAUCCUACUGAAAAACACUCUGGAGGAACAAUUUCCAGACCUUCUGGAGUUUGAGGAGGAGAGAGCAACCCACAUCACGGGGGAGUUUGAAGUGUUUGUGGACGGGAAGCUGAUCCACUCCAAGAAGAAAGGUGAUGGCUUUGUGGAUGAGUCCAGUCUAAAGAAGCUUGUGGGUAUUAUCGAUGAGGAGAUCAAGAAAAGGUAG